AUGCCUGGCCCCGUAGACCCAAAGACACCGACCGAAUCCUCGCCGAGGCACUCGCCGCGCAUCGAACUCCCGGAGGAGGAGGGCACCCCGCGGACGGACGGCCAGACCAGCCCCGGGCUGAGGAACAGCAAAGGAUGGGAUGGGAAGCUCAGGGUCCAGCGCACCGCCGUCCUCGCCAACCCCGAAGUCCUGUCGGACCCUGAAUCCGACGACGAGAACGUCAUUGCCGGCGAGGAGCUCCCCGCGGACGAAGGCAAGAUGGCCCACGAUGCAGACUCUUCCAACCUCCUCGACGGCGAAGACCCGGAAACUGACGAGCUCAUUGUCUCACACGCCCGCGUCUCCUCCAUCACCGCCCUCCGCCUCGAGCGCUUCAAAAAGGUUGUUCGCCUCUGCCUCCGCCAGAACUCGAUCCAGUCCAUCGACGGCCUCUCCCCGCUCGCCUCGACCCUCGAGGACCUCGACUUCUACGACAACCUCAUCUCCCACAUCCGCGGCCUCGACGACCUCGUCAACCUCACCUCGCUCGACCUCAGCUUCAACAAGAUCAAGCACAUCAAGCGCGUCAACCAUCUCACGAAGCUCAAGGAGCUCUUCCUCGUCGCCAAUAAGAUCAGCACCAUCGAGAACCUCGAAGGCCUCGACAACCUCACCUCCCUCGAGCUCGGCUCCAACCGCAUCCGCGUCAUGCAGAACCUCGACUCCCUCAAGAAGCUCGAGGAGCUCUGGGUCGCCAAGAACAAGAUCACCGAGCUCACCGGCCUCGGCGGCCUGUCGAACCUGCGCAUCCUCAGCAUCCAGUCCAACCGCAUCCGCGACCUCGGCCCUCUCGCCGAUGUCCCCAGCCUCGAGGAGCUCUACAUCUCGCACAACGCCCUCACCUCCCUCGCCGGCAUCGAGCGCAACGAGAAGCUGCGUGUCGUCGACAUUUCCAACAACGCCGUCGCCAGCGUCAAGGGCCUCGGCCCCCUCAAGAACCUCGAGGAGCUCUGGGCGAGUUACAACCAGAUCGCCGACUUCAACGAGGUCGAGAAGGAGCUGCGCGACAAGGAGCAGCUCACGACGGUCUACUUUGAAGGCAACCCGCUGCAGCUUAGGGGCCCCGCGGUGUACCGCAACAAAGUCCGUCUGGCUCUGCCUCAACUAUCCCAGAUCGACGCAACCUACGUCAAGACAUCAUGA